AUGGGAGUUUGUGUUUCAAAGUAAAAGAAAAAUAAAUCCUGUAAUUAUGCUACAUCGUCUUAAUCAAAAGUCUAAGAUUUUAUGAUAACUUAAGAUAAACAAACUAUUCUAUUAUAUCGCUCAACUAAAUUUUAAGCACAACUAUAACCAAAAGAAUAUGAUUAUACAAAUUCACAUCGAUAAUAUAAUGUAAUUCUAAAUGGAGCUGUUUUUGCAAUAGUCAAUUCUAUAGAGAGAUCAUUUAAUGAUGAACCAAUCAAUAACGACAAUUGAUACAUUUAUUU